AAUGUUCAUGAUCUAUGCAUGUGGAAAUAUGCUACAGUAUUUUAAGAGCUAGUUUCAAUGAUCUAACAGUGUCGCCUGAUUUCUCUCAGUUCUUUUCUUCUCCUCAUUCCAGAUACUGUAUGCAAGCACUGUAGCAGUGAUCCGCCUUUGAAAUUGUGCUGCAAGCUUAGAGUUAAGAUAUUAUUCCAGGUAACAAAAGCCAAUGAGAGUACACCAAGAUGAUGUUUGUGACAUCAUCUCACAGAGUAGCUAGAACAGCUGAGGUAGCUUUCAGCUUCAGCACCAUUGCUAUUAUGAUGGAUGUUUACAUCUCUUCAUUGAGAGCCAAUUAUCUCGCUUUUGUGUGAGGCCCAAGGAUCACUCAUGCUGCCCGUCUGGAUACAGCAGUUUUGGAUCUAGCUGAACGAAUAGCUUUUCUCUGUGCAUGUAUCAAGUCUCUCAAAGCGAUGGCAUCCAAUUUUCAUGCUUCUCCAAAACACUGAAGCUUACAUAAGUAUAACUUUUGAAAACAUAUGUGAGAAGUAAAAUUACUGGAAAUAUAUGUAUUUAUUUGAACAACGAUUGAACUGAAAUUUCUGGAUAAAAUGAGAUGUUUUCGAAAACGUUCAGCAUUACCAAUCCUCGGAGUUCUCAUCUUUUGUCUGCUGUUUAUGAACUUGUACAUAGAAGAUGAAUAUGUUGUAGCUGCGUACACACCUGACCGACACGUCGGUGGACCCGCCGUCAUGCCAACUGAGUGGACGAUCAAGGAGGAAGAUAAAAAACUAAGAGAUGCUUCAACCCCCCAAUUCAACUCAGAUCAAUAUGGUCAUACAGUUAAAGAGUUCUCCAAUAUUUCAUCAUCUAUAAAUGUAACAUAUCGCUUGUUGGCUGGGAUACCAAUAUCAAGAAAACGAUUUCUUACAAUUGGACUAUCAUCUGUGAAACGGAAAAAGGGAAAUUAUUUGCUUGAAACGAUCAAAUCCGUAUUUGAGCAGUCAAGUUAUGAAGAACUGAAAGAAAUAGCGGUAGUUGUUCAUUUAGCAGAAUUUGAUCUAACCUGGUGUGAAAGCAUAGUGCAAGACAUUUCAAGAAAAUUCUCCCAUCAUAUUAUUGCUGGGAGGCUAGCAAUUAUCCAUACUCCUGUACAGUUCUACCCAGUAUUAGAAGGUUUAAAAAGAAACUACAAUGAUCCAGAUGCCCGAGUUAGAUUUAGAUCCAAACAAAAUGUUGAUUAUUCUUUUCUUCUGAAUUUUUGUGCUAAUCUUUCCGACUAUUAUUUGAUGCUUGAAGAUGAUGUCAGGUGCUCCAAGAAUUUUUUAUCAGCAAUUAAGAAAGUUAUUAAUUCAAGGAAAGGAUCAAACUGGGUAACCUUGGAGUUUUCAAAGCUGGGAUACAUUGGCAAGCUGUAUCACACCCAUGACCUGCUACGCCUAGCCCAUUUUCUUCUUAUGUUCUACCAGGAGAUGCCUUGUGAUUGGUUGCUUAUUCAUUUCAGAGGCCUGUUAGCCCAAAAGGAAGCUAUUCGUUUUAAGCCAUCUCUUUUUCAACAUAUGGGAUAUUAUUCAUCAUAUAAAGGGGCUGAAAACAAACUCAAGGAUGAUGAUUUUGAAGAGGACUCAUUUGAUAUACCUGAUAACCCAUCUGCAGUACUCAGUACAAAUAUGAACAUAUUUGAAAAUUAUGAAGUUCAUAAGGCUUAUAGUAGCACAGAAGAAUAUUUCUGGGCCAAGUCUCCUUCUACUGGUGACUUCUACCACAUUGUAUUUGAGAAGCCUAUCAAAAUAAGCAAAAUCAAAGUUAGCACAGGAACAGAAGAUCGACAAAAUGAUAUUCUGCACUAUGGAACAUUAGAGGUUGGAGAAAGAUUAGUUGGAAGUAAAAAGAACAAAAAAUGUACCACUUACCUUAGAUUAGCAGAUUUCAGAAAUGGAAACUUUGAAAUGGACAACAUAGAUCAUAAAGUUCUUUUUAAUAUUGACUGCAUUCGAAUUUUAGUGACUAAAAAUCAAAAUGAAUGGCUAAUUGUUAAAAGUAUAGGUGUAUGGACUACUGAGACAUUGAAUCAAUAAAAAAUAAAUUUGUCGCCUUCCUCAUGGAAGAAAUACAUUUCAGUUGAAUGCCAACUGGUCUACUUCUCUUUUGGACUACACUUUUGCUAAUGUGAAAUUGCAAAUGGCAUAUUCUAUGUGAAAAAAGCUAUUUAUAUUUUACUAUUUCUGUCAUGCAAUAUUCCAGUUUAUUAGUGUUUUUGAAUGUUCCCUAUUUUAUAUAAAACAAAAGCAUCAUGUUUCUUCCAUAGUCUAAAGGUACAUUUUAUACUUUCUUCCCAGUAAAGUAUUUGUUUAAAUUACAAAUGGGCUAUAAA